CUUUAUAAAAAGGUGCUUUCCCCGUAGACAGCUGGCAGCCGUCUGUUUUGAGGAGUUUUUUAACAUUUUGUUUUUGUUAUUUCUCCUCAUACAGACGGCUCGCUAUCGUGCAGCCACCAUUAGGGGACUUCCAAUGCAAAAUCCCCCCGUCGGGGCUCUUCAAUUUUUGUCUUUAAUGAAAUUUUUUUUUGAAAAUUAAUGCGACCAAAAUACAAAUUAACAUUCCCUCUUGGCAUUUAUUGCCAAGAAACGGAGAAAAAUCAAUUGGCCCGGUUGAAUGCUUCUUCUUCUUCUUCUCUCAUCUGUCAUGGUUCCAUAGGCAUAAACCAGACUUUAUGGAUGCUUAUGUUUUCAUUCUGCUUGAAUAAGUUGAACGAGAAGCUAGCUGCAGACAGACGAAAAGACUGAGUCUGAGGCUGCGCCGUGAGGGGAGCUUGGUCUGAAGUUGGAGCGGGUUAUUCAGAGUCAGACACGCCGACACUUGCGGCCUAGCGACAGAUCGAUUUAGGUACUGCAUAUCCAUUCUAAUUCAGAAACUAUCGAAGAGUCACCAUGGAUAAUUGGCAUCCCAUAGCCCGUGUGUAUCAUCCACUAACAGCAGGUUCUAUAGAUGGGACUGACUCCAGACCACAUGAUAGAGCUGUAGAGAGAGCUAUAAAGGCCAGCUAUGUACCGCCCUCUAUAGACGGUGACCCGCAUUUGACCUUGUUUGUUGCUAGGCUCAACCCUGAAACAACAGAGAAAACCUUGGAAAAGACAUUUUCAAAGUAUGGUGACCUGAAGCAAGUGAAUCUAAUCCGCGAUGCUGUAACAGGCUUCUCAAAGCAGUAUGCGUUCAUGGAGUUUGAAGAUGAACGUGCUGCAAGACGUGCAAGGGCCGAGGCUGAUCAGAGUGUGAUUGAAGAACAUAUUGUCUUUGUAGACUGGGAGUGUGAACACACCCUGGAUGGAUGGAUACCCAGAAGGCUAGGUGGUGGAUUGGGGGGCAAGAAGGAGUCCGGCCAGCUGAGGUUCGGGGGCAAGGACCGGCCGUUCAAGAAACCCAUCGUAGUCCAGGCGCGAGAUGACCAUCAUCGAGAUAGAGAGACAAGAGAUGGCGAUAGAGAAGAAAGAUACCGUGAAGGAGACAAUAGGUACAGGGAUCGAGGGAUAGGCAGAGAUAGAGAUAGGGACAGGUAUCGAGAUAGAGAGGCCAGCGAUAGGAUAGACAAAUAUAGAGAUAGGAGGGAAAGAGAGAGAGAUAGAAGAGGCGAAGAUAGAGAUAGAAGGGAUGAAGAUCGAGAGAGGGAUAGAAGAGGCGAGGAUAGAGAUAGAGGAGAUACAGAUAGAGAAAGAGAUAGAAUUGCUGACGAUAGAGAUAGGGAGGAAAGCAGUAGAGUGAUAGGCAAAGACAGAGGUUCAGAGAGUGAAGAUGGAGAAAUAAGGGACAGAGAAAAAGAGAGAGGAAGAGAAAGAGAGGAUGAAAGGAGAGAUAGAAUAGGAGAUAGAUAUAAAGAUAGAGAUAAGUAUAGGGAGAGGGGCAGGUAUCGAGAUAAUGAGAGGGAGAGUGGUAGGUAUCGGGAUAGAAGGAAAGAGAGGGAUAGAGAAAGAGGAGAGAGGAAAGAGGGGAAGAGAAGAUUUAGGGAGAGAGAGAGCGACGAAGAAGAGGGAUUUGAAAGGAAAGAGGAAAGUCAAGAACCAAGUUCAAAAUGGGAUUAAUUUAAAACCAGGCAAGGAAAAAAAAUUGUUUUUUUUUUCGGGGCCUACUUUUAACAACCUUCUGCCUUGAUCUGUCACAUUGAAUAGAUAUUUUCUGAGGUUAAUUUUUAUUGUCCAGGGUACCUUUGUGCAUUGUGGGUGCAGAAUUCCUUGAGCCCCAAUAUAUUUGUUUCAACCGCUUCAUAAAGUGGAUUAGUAGAGGCAAUGGGUUGUUUUAGGCUUAUUGCUACUCCACUCAAAGAUAAUGGUAAUUUGAUAAUAAAAAAAAAAUUGGGGAGGACCAAAAUAGUGACUAUUUUGUCAAAGUCCGAUGCAAAAUAAUAGUGACAGCAUUUCAAAUUGCAGUAUUUUUUAAAGCAGGGAGCGUGACUGCGAUGUAAUGAGUAAGAUGCUGUUGGCAUAUCCCCACUUUAAUAUGAAAUUAUCAAUAUGUAAUCUCUGUUGUCAGUGUAAUACCUUGAAUGGCGGGAGUGUGUGGUACUGUCCUUACUGAGCAUAAAGAUGACUGCUAGUUGUAAUGAUUUCAAUCAUGAUUUCAAUGAUUUGUGUUCGGAAAGAAUCCAAUCAAAGGACCAUCCAGGUUUCUGUACGUACAUGUAUUUAAAUAAGAUAUUUGUGCCAAACGAUUCUGGAAGAUGUGUUGUAAUUGCUGAGAAAUUAGCAAAACCAGCAUGAAAUGCAUGGAUGAUGCUAGGUACUGUAUGUAUUUUUCCAAGCAGUAAUAACACACUGUCCUACAUGAUCUUCAGUGUGAUCCUUUUUUUUUUCAGCUUUAAAGAUUUCAUGAAUUCACUAUUUCACACAGUUCUGUCAAACUUGACCAGAUCUAGAUCUAUCUAUCUAGUGACAAAUUGACCUUGGUUUGAGAGACUUCUCAUGAAAGCAGUGUCAAGUUCAAUAACUUUCAUUAACCUUUAAAAUGUUAUUCAAAACAAGAGGCGGCUUGAGACAUUAUCACCAUUUGCUAUCGAUAGUGCUAUUUCUGUGGUGAUUAGUAACAUUGUCAUUUCUACAUUGUCACCACUUGUGAGAAAGAUAACAAUUUUGAUGUUUACAUCAAUGAAUGAACAAGAUAGACUGACAUUGACGGUUAUUUUUUUUUAUUAUUAUUUAUUUAAAUCUUACAUAUAUAUGUUUAAAUGCUCAUGUCUCAGUCUUAAUAAAACACAAGUAAAAUUGCAAAGAUAUA